CUUGCCAAUAAGUCCUUUCAGGAUCUCUGUAUCGGUUCAGGUUGUCGGUUGAUUGAGGUGGGCCAUCCAAUUGAGUUUCUCAGCAAAAUACCUCUCGAUACCCCCCGACUUGAUUUUGCCCAAACAUCUCCAGACAGUCGAGCGACCUUGUUUUAUCAUCAUGGCCCUCUUUCGCAAUUGCAGAACUGCCACUGUGCAGUUCCGCGGCUUCGCUUCAUCGGCCUCUUUGCGAGUCGGACCUGAGUCUCCCAAUUUCAUCGAUGUUCCUCGAGUUCUGCAGCCCGAACAACCCUCUAAGCCCCGCGUCAAGGGUACCCUCCCAGUUCCCCGUGAAAUCUUCCCUGCCCGCCGCACGGACAAGCCGACGGAGGCGUACAUUCACGCCGCGACGCCUCUUCCCCACAAGAACUCGCUCAACCCAAACCACCCGGACUAUGAAUACCGCGACCAGCAGCGGAAGAUGGCUAAUAUGCGGAGGAAGAACUUCAAGGAGGGCAUUUUGGAGUUGCACGCCCGCAAGCAGGCCACUGACAAAGCCAUGAAGGAGCAAAGCGAGCACAAGCAGCGAUACCGGGAAAAGAUCAUGCGACAGCCUGCGAGGGCGGACGUGAGGCUGACUCAGACGUCGGUAGUCCAAGCCAUGUUGCCCCAGCGCAUGCAGGUGCUGCCGGAUCCUGGUCGAGAAUCCCGUCUGCACUUUUCUCGACGUCGACUUGAGAAGAAGGAAAGUCUGAAGAAUGCCGAGCGCCGAAGCAAUCUGCACGAUCUGUACGUGAAUGCACGGCAGUUCAUUACUACCGAGGAACAACUUGCGGCCGAGAUUGAAAGGGUCUUCCCCGAGGGCGAAAACGAGGCCUGGCGCAACGACCACCAGGCGGGUGACAACAUCUGGAACCUGGGCCACCCCCAAUCUGUCUCCAGCCUUGUUCACGAAACUAGCAGGAGUGAAUCUGCUCGCUGGGACGCCAUUCAGGGCAGAAUCAAGAAGCUCGGAGAGGAGAUCACCGGUGGCAAGUUCUAGAUGGUUGUGCUUAUGGGGAGGGUUGUACAUUACGUUCUAUGUACCACACGUCGAUGUUUUGACCUUGUUAAAUAGUGUCCUCUGACUUGGUGUUAGCUUUGCCUUUGUUUGUAUACCUAGAUCAAUCAUAUCCAUUAUC